AUGGUGUCUCCCAUUUCUGCAUCCCCACACAAGUUCAGGGGCGCAUUUUACGAGCCCAUAACCCCGUCUGAGGAAGAGUCCGCACCCGAUAACCCCCUUACCGAGAACAGGGAUACCGAUAUCGAAGGCCAAAAAGUCAAUAUCGAGACACCUGGUCCCAACGUUGAGGGCGAGGGCGGUCGACGCAAAGCGCCACUUCUUAAGCAUAUGAACCCCGAACUUUACGAGCAGAAAAGGGAACAAGUCUGUUGUAUGGGCUGGCGUCAUCGACCGUAUCGGCAAGUCAACUGGGUCGAGCAGCCAUCCGGGUCGGGCCGGGCCGUCAUCGUCCCCGACUACAGCACACAGCACAAGUGCCGCUCCUUUGAACGGAUCCUCCGCUGGGCGGAUGAUCAUGCUGCGCCGGAGGCUGAGCCACUGCCGGAGUUGAAGAGGGAGCUGUCUGUAGGUGCGUAUGGCUGGUGGGACGACGAUGUGAGGAGCUGGGUUGCACAUGCAUACGUGCCUGAUGAUGUUAUCAUGUGCUUGGGGUACCUAACUCAGCUGGGAAGGGGUGCAGGAGGGGGUAUGACGGUGCAGGGAAUUCACGAUUCGGCAGCGUAA